AUGUCCGAUCCCAGCGACCGAUCUUCGGAGUCCAUGCCCGGCCCCGAAACCUCUGGUCUGAAGCCCUUGUCCAACAUCGAGGAUAUGGCCCUGCCGAACCCCAGCAAUAGCGACCUGUCUCGCUUCAUGAGCCGCGCCGGUAUUUCUCUGUCCAAUGGCUUCCCCCUGGAGGACGACGAUGAGAUCGACGAGGAAGUGGAUGAGGACUACGUCGCUGUCGACCAGGAUGAUGCCAAUGACUACCCUCUACUCUCCGCGUCUAAUGUCGAAGACUGCGUCGCGGUGGAGCAGGCGUUCCCCGAGAACGAGCGCUGCUCGCGUGACAAAUUCAUCUAUCGUCUGAGCCGUUGUCCCGAACUUAGCCUGGGAAUGUUCACUCUCCCCAUCAUCAAGGCUGGUGACCCCAAGCCGCCGGCGACACUGAUCGGCCACAUCAUUGCCACCCGUACCUCGGCGCCCUGUGUCACCGACCGCUCCAUGAAACUUCCUUCCAAGUGGGAAGGCGAGCGUUGGACUUUUGAGGAUGGAGAGGCUGUUGGUCACGAGGAGGGUGGCGGUACCAUCGCCAUUCACUCUUUGGCCGUACUGGAAGAGCACCAGGGCAAGCAAGUCGGCAGCACCCUGAUGAAGUCGUAUAUCCACCGUAUUCGGGAAGCUCAGAUUGCCGACCGGAUCGCGAUCAUCGCCCAUGACCAUCUGGUGGAUUUCUAUAAGUCAUUUGGCUUCGAGGACCAUGGCGAGAGCAAGUGCCAAUUUGGCGGCGGUGGUUGGAGAGAUCUGAUCUUGGAGCUUCCUCAAGAGCCGCUGCAGAACUAA